ACACGGGGGCACACACGCACCUCUACCAGGGGACCUGGCCAUUGUCCUAUAGUGCUGGAGUUUCUAUGUGUGUGGGAGUUCAAUGUAAUGUGUGUGUGUGUGUUGGGGUUCGAAAGCUGUGCUUGUGUAACUGAAAGGGCAUGUCCUUGUUUACUUAACUGAACAGAGUCCCUCACCUUGUGUUUGAAAUGGCCCCCACCCCCGUACCUCCUGCCCUCAGCACAAGUUUUAAACUACUAAUUGUGUUUCGGACUCACUGUUCCUUUGUUCGUAAUCGUAACUUAUCACUCAGCCAUUUUGUCUGUCAAGUCAUGUUGGAAUUACUUAGUUGGGAAAUUCUUUCCUCAUGCUUCUUUGGCAAACACACCUGCCCCUCCACCUUCAGCCUCCACCACCUCCUCCUCCUCCUAAACCCAGGUGUGUCACAUCCAGACAUGCUGGAGAGUAUAGAGUAGAGCUGCGGAGUGGAGAGUAGAGCUCUGGAAACUAUGUGAGGCAAGCCAACGGCUGAGCCCCGACCAAAACUUCCCAGCAGCCUGUUCGGCCAGUUCUACCCCUAACGUGUGGUUUCACACACAAACACAAAGGAAUCCACUGUGUUCUGGACAAACCUGUUCAACCAACAACUACUGUAAGACCCCAACUUACCCCUUCUAUCCCAUAAGUAACGAUUGGGGACAUACCACACAACACUGCCAGCCGGAGCCAUCUCCGUGGCCUCCCCCCAGCGGAGCAUGACUCGCUCGGUGCAGGAGGACGUGUUCUUCUCGGUGCGGGUGACCUGCCAGGGUGUGCCCACCCUCCAGUGGACCUUCAUGUCCGGCGCUGUCAGCCGCAGCAUCGGCAGCUGGCAGCCCGAUAGCAGUGACAUCGGCGGCGGCGGCGGCGGCGGCUCCUUCUCAAACAUCACGGCGGACUACGUCGACCGCGUGGAGACGUACGCCAACGGCUCGCUGGGUCUGGCCCGGCUGCGGCUCGCGGACGCCGGCUUCUACGUGCUCACCGUCACAGAAGACUCGGGCAGCAGCAAGGACAGCGGCUUCGUGCUCAAAGUGAACGAGGUGAUCUAUGAGGACCUGCAGUACCUGUCCGUUUCGGCCCUGGUGCUGUUCUGUCUGGCGGGCCUGCUGAUGCUGUCCAUGUGGCUCCUGAACCGGGCCUACAAGAACAUCAAGGCCUGCAGACGGCGUCGAGAACAGAACGGCAACGAGACAGAGCUUCAGCCUCUGUAACAGACUUCAUACUGUGUGGUGUCUCAGAGGAACCAUGAGGUUCACUGCCAUGGAGGGGGGGGGG